GUUGUGGGUCCAUGAAACGCGCGGGUAGACCUGGAGACAGAACCGCGGGAUGAAUCUAGUUAAUCUCGACGCAUCUUCCACUGACUUCAUUUCUGAUUAUAUUCAAGCAUGAAUAUGAUCCCGUCCGGGGCGCGUGAUUUUGUCAUUUCUCCCAGAUGUUUCGUUCCAUCCAUCCUUUCUUCUUCAAUUCUUAUUCCCCCUAUGUUUUUGACUUUUCUUUUUUUUUUUUUUAUACAGCCAUUUUUCUUCUUCUCUCGACAUUUUUUAUUUGAUGGUGAUUACGAGCGAAUACCUCCUAACACCGCAAUCAUUAUACUUUUUUCUCCCCACUCCUUUUUCCCAUCUAUCUAUCUAUCCACUUUCGGAAGUCCCCAUACUCCUACUACUACUUACUACUCCUCUGCUCUGCUUUAAUGGUUGGGUGGUAGGUAUAUCUGACGAGUGAUGUCAUCCUCCCCCUUUUCCUAUCCUUCUUUCCUUUUUUUUUCUCACCUCGUUCCUCCCCUUGUCUGAGGGCUAUCUUGUUUG